GCCGGACUCCUGAGCCUCAUGCACAUGUUGCACCACCACGGCGGGACAGCCACCCUACUUCGCAAGUUCCCCCACGCCACGCCACGUCAAGUCCAUAUGCUCCACCUGCCAUGAAUGGGAGCGCACACAUGACUUACCAGCCAUCGUACGGUUCACCUGUUAACCACGGCGGCGCGCAUGGCGCCGGCGGUCCGUUCGGUGGAGGGGCGCAUGCUGGAGGUGAUCAUCCCCAGGAAGGGCUUCCUCAGGUGAAUGACACUUACGCACCUUCUGCUUACACCGGCCUUCCUCAGGAAGCGAGCCCGUCGAUGGUCCCUUCAGCACCCGCGCACGACAUCCAUGCUGCGGGAUAUGGAAGUCCAGUGUCUACCAGUUCGAAUGGGCCUGCUGAACGGGUCGCUUCGCCUUUGCGUAACGCAGUCCCUGAGGUAGAGGAGGUCGAAGUUUACCAGUCCGCGCGAGAGUUCGCUGCGCCAAUUCCUGCUAUGUCAUCCUCUCCGCCGACCUCUGCGGGCUUACGUCCUGUUGCUGAGUCUGCUUGGCCAAAUGAAGCGGUUUACCAACCUCAGCUGAGCUCCUCUCCCGAACGAACGAGAUCCCCGCCACAAACUGUUCCUCCCUCAAUCAGCCAGGCCCCGGCUACAGCGUAUGAUCCAUAUGCGCCAAAGUCGAGUACGUCUGACAGGGCCAAGUCACCAGGAGCGUCUUCCGUGCAUUCGGUUCAGAAGGCGUAUGAGCCUCCCAGACGCGAUUCCGCCACGAAGGCCUCCCCGAUUAGCCGACCGCUUUCCAGCCAGUCACGUAGAUCGACAUUGUCGAACGCUUACGAGCCCCAGACAGCGUACGACCUCAAACGAGCCAUUUCUCCCGCUGGUUCAGUGCGCUCCGUGACCGCCCCCAAGCAAGGCGCGUAUGACCCGUAUGCGCCGGCAGAUAAGCCUGCUGCUGCUCACGGGCGACAGACCUCCAACGGUUCAAUGUACUCGACGACGUCGGCUACGGACCCAUAUGCGCCUGCACGAUACCCUACCCGGCAGUCCAGUGAGCACACGUAUGGCAGCUUUGUGCUGCCGUCGCAGCCUUCUUCGUUGUCGGCGAACGGUGCACCUCCUACCGCGACCUACGACCGCACUGGAGGGCAAGUCGUCACGCUGGCCCCGCAGACGCACUCGCACUACGCGCCUUCUCCGUCGCUGCUGGGUACGAAUGACCCGCUUGGGCGGACGUCUGCUCGCGUUCCUGUGAUCAGCUUCGGGUUUGGUGGCAAGCUAGUGACAUGCUUCCAUGGCGCGAACAUGAACACUGGCUUCGACGUCGCGCUUUCAUCACGGCAGUCUACGGAUAUCAAGAUCCACCUCAUACACAAGGUCAUUUCUGAGUCUGUCCUCGACACGUCUGCUGCCUCAUAUCCUGGCCCUCUCUACUCCGAUCCUGGUUCUCCAACCGCCAGUCUUGUUCGUACGGGUGCACAGGCGCUCAAGGCGAAGAAGGCUCGCGUGAUCAAGUACCUCGAGGACAGGGCAGAGGAGAUCAAUGGUGGACUUGGGUACCAUAAGCCAGGGUCCGUAGAUAGGAGCCGCGCUGAGGCGAAGCGGAUACUGGUCCUCUUGCUGAAGGCCAUGGUCGAGAACGAUGGUCGGUUAAGCGGAAAUGCACAAGUCGACGCCGUAGUUCGCGCUGCUCUGGUACCACAGGAAGGAGUCUCGUCUACAUCUGAGGGCUCGCUCGGUUCAGGGUUAAUCCCGGCGACUUCGACCGAGCACUUGUCCGGCUUCUCCUUGGCUUCAGCACUUCCGAACGCCUCAGAUCACGUCGUAACGACGACCUCAGUACGUGCCUCGCAGCUCGAUAAGAUCUCCGAUCUGCUCGCUCGGGGCGAUCGUCGUGGGGCUUGCCAUUAUGCCGCGGAUGAGAAACUGUGGUCGCACGCUUUGCUGAUCGCGAGCAGUGUUGACAAGGAAUGCUGGAAGGAGGUCGUCACGGAGUGGAUUCGUGCCGAGCUAGUGGCCGAUCCAGCUCAGCCUCAAGAUGGCAAGCACGGUAGAGAGCCUCUCAGGGUUGCGUACAGCUUGUUCGGCGGCAAUGGCGCAGCUGCAGUGCAAGAAUUAGUUCAUCCGAGCUCGCUUCUGCAGCACGGUCAGACCAACACGCUGCAAAUACCCCAGCCCCAGCUGAACAUCACUCCAAUGACGCCCAACUUCCCAACCGCGGUAACCCUGAACAUCUCACAAGAAGUGUUGGCCUCAUGGGCGAAGACGGCGGCGAUGAUUCUGUCGUACCCCUUGACACCAGAAUCAUCCCAAGCUUUGACUGCUUUGGGCGACCAGUUGGUAGUACACCAGUGGAUCGAAGCUGCUCACGCAUGCUAUCUGCUCUCCCCCCAAACGUCUCCUAUCGGUGGCGGCUCGAGGCUGACGCUGCUUGGCAGCCCGCCUCCCUCGCUCUCGCCGACAUUCUACAAGGAUCCAGAUCCUAUCAUCUUCUCAGAGAUCCUGGAAUUCGCGACGUCGCUUGCUACACCUGCAAAGGGUCAGGAGCCGUUCAAUGGUCUGCCGCACUUACAGCCAUACCGUCUCAUCCGUGCGGCGUCUCUGGCUGAGAUUGGACACGUACAGCUCGCUAACCGGUACUGCGAGGCGAUCACGGCCUGCAUCAAUCGUGGCUCGCCUGUGCUGAACAUCACGUUUGUUGAGCAACUGAAGAUCCUUUCGGACCGUCUCAUCGCAGCACCGCAGUUGGACAAGUCCGGGUCAUGGAUAGGAGGCAAAAUGGCCAAACCUAGUCUGGACAGCAUCGGGAAUUGGUUGGAGGGCCGCUUCACCAAAUUCAUCGCCGGUGAAACCGACUCACCUCGGCCAGAAGAAGCGAAGAGCCUGGAGCAGCAGCAAAAAUCGUACAGCGGACCAUUUGCAAACUACAGCUCGAUUUCCUCUGCUACGACAUCCGCCUACCCAUCACCCCAUCAGUCCGUCACCGAUUUGUCGGAUGUGCCGCCUGUGCCAGCGCCUCCCUUCCGCACAGGGUCGGCCAUGGGGCUCAACCGUCCGCCGUCUAGGACCACAUAUCCGAUCAAUAGGUCAUCGUCCGCUAUGGACUAUGUACGUCCUUUCCAGCAGCAGCGUGGAGGAUCCCCGAUUGCUCGAGUUGCGUCCGCGAGUGCUGCCACUUUUGCUGAUGCUACGUUCAACGGACAGGCACGGGGUCCUUACGGCUAUAGCAAUGGAUACAGUCCUGCCAGCGGCUUUGAUCAGCCUAAAGACAGCGAUUCCCAUGGUGACGUGUCCUCGACGAAUCACUCAAAACCUCCCAGCGCGAGCUCGUGGUGGGGCGCAUCUGAGCCGGACGCGACCACGCCCACUGCAUCGUCAUUCGGGCCCUCGUCCUCUUCGACCUCGAACUCUGAGUUCAUUUCGUUGAUGGACGACCCGAUGUUGUCCAUGACACCGACAGCAGCCAAAAUGACGGGAAGCUCAGCCCCUCGUCACAGCUUCGGGGACGAUGACGAUGACCUUGGUCUUGGCAACGCGUCGUCUAGAAAGAAGCCGAAGUCGUCCGAGAACGGCGACGCUGCUCAUGGCGCCGUGUCUUCCAAGGAAGAAGAGAAAACUAAGGCGGCUGAAUCGCAAAAACCAGCCGAAGUCAAGCAGAGUGCAUCCAGUGGCUGGCUCAGUCGGUUGUGGAAGCGCGACAGCUCAUCUCCUGCUCCUGUCAAGGCCAACCUUGGGGAGCAGUCAUCGUUCUACUUCGAUAAGGAGCUCGGCAAGUGGGUCAACAAGAAUUCCAACGCGACCGAGUCAAAACCCACGCCCCCGCCGCCUCCUCCGCGUGCACAGACCGCGUCGCCAGGCAGGUCAUUCGGUGCAGGGCCCCCACCACCGUCGCCUCUCACGGCUGGACCUCCCCCCGCUCGGCCCGCAACCGCUGGGGCUAUCGACCUGUCCUCCGAGCCUCCUCGGAGACCGCCUACGCGUAUCCGGUCCAACCUCGUGCCCAACGAUGCUGCCGAUCAACCCUCAGCACCCCCUUCACCCAUGCCUACGCCGGGUACUCCUCCGCCAGGAAAUGGGCCACCCGCGGGCAGGGCAAGAGGCGGCGCUGCGAAGCGGGCCGUGCGCAAUCGGUAUGUCGACGUCUUCCAGCAGGAAGGUGCGGCCUAGAUGUAUCCUCCCGUCCCAUACAUAUCAUACAUGCCAUUUUGUGCUCGCGAUGCCCCCCUGCAACUUAUUCGUAUAGUCUUUCUUGGUCUUCGUUUGUAUCGAUAUCUUGACAUUGGUUCGGACUGGCAGCUCUGAUGUGAUGGUGAUUGCUCCGGCACACGCAUUCGUCCUCACGCAUCAUCAUGCAGUAGUAGAUAGUAGAUAUUCGGAAC